ACAUUAGCCGCUUUUCCACUGUCGGGCCAGUGUGAGUCAGUUCUUUAAACGGGCCGGGUGGGGCUAAUAGCCUUGGACCUGUAGCACCGAGCCCAAAAUCACGAUGCAUUUCCACAGUCGGGCCUGAAGCUCCGCAGCGCUUCACUAAAACCCGCCCCUCUAGAACAACGUCGCGCAACCUCAUCAUUUCACCAACAAAGAGAAGUUAUCAGAAAACUAAUAAGAAAUAAGUCACUGGAACUAGCGUGAUCACAAAACGAACAUGAUAAAAGCGGCCAUUUGUUUGCAUGCUUUGUUAAAGAUUUAAAUCCAUCAACGAUCAAGCCCCGGAAGUGACAGUGGAAACACGAAUGGCCCUGGCAUGCACCACCAACAAGCCACGUUUCAGGAUGGUAUAUUCCCUUUUUUUUUAAUAUAAUUUAAUUUUUUAUGUCAAGGAAGUCAAAAGAUACUAUACAAAAUUCGGAGAGAAAAAAAAAAAGAGUUACUUUCAAAUCAGCUGACUUCCUGUGCAUUUCAGGAUACAUUUUAGUAAUGCUUACAGAACCUGAAUGAUAUACAAUAAAGAGGAAAUAAAAAGGAAAAAGAAGAGAGAACAGAACCACAAAAAAAAAAGAGAAAAAAAAGCAGGGUAUGGUACAGUGUAAUGGUGACCUUGCAUAGUUACAUUAAAUUUACAAUACUGAAAUAUGAUUAUAUCUAUUUUAACAUUGCUAAUUCUCAGAGUCCAAAAAUUAUUUCCACAUACGCCAUAAAGUAGCCCCCUUUUGCUUUUUUAAUUUUAAAGAAAAAGUAAGGGUUUCCAUCUUACAUAUUUCAAUUACAAUUGCUUUCCCUUCUUCUAGAGUGGGAGGAUUAAGUUGAAGCCAUUUAUGAGUAAUAGCCUUUUUAGCUGCAACCAGAAAUAUUCUCCAUAGAUAUGUAUAAUUUGUUUCAUGCAAAUCCAGAAUUCCCAAAUAUAACAUGAAACUGAAAUGGGAUAUUAAUUUUGAAUAUGGCCUCCAAUGUCCGGUGUAUGUCUUUCCAAAACAGGUGUAUAACUGGACAUGCCAAGAAUAUAUGGUGAUGAUUUGCUACUUCUGAAUUACAGUGUCUCCAACACCCAGAUCCUACUUCACUACGGCACUUUUGUGCAGGAGAUAUAAAAAAAUCAAAUUACAUUUUUCCAUGCAAAUAACCUCCACUGGUGUGAGCUUAGUUUUUCCAUUGGGAUUCACAUUUUUAACCAAGCCUCUUCUGUUAUAAUAAUGUUUCCAUCCUUCUCCCAUUUAACCCUGCUGAAAAACAAACAAACAAUAGAAACCAUUACAGAAAUCCUAGUGGUUUCCCUUACAAAACAAUUACAAACCAUCAGCCAUUAACCAUUACCAAAUGGUUUCCAUUACGUAGUGUGUUUUGGGCAUAUUCCAUUAGGAUUUAUUGGUUUGCAUAGGUUUCCAUUAGAAAUUUGUACUGGUCCUGAGUUGCACAUAAUGGUUAAAGCUGUGACCAAAGAGACCUCAGUAUUGUUUGCAUAAAAUAUAAAAAAUAUAUAAAACUUCUAGGACUGUGUGAUCUCCUGUGAGAUCCACGAUGAGUGGAAAAUAGGAAAGGGUUCUUGAUCAGUGAUCAGUCAAAUCUGACUCUUGCAGCUCGUUUUGGAUCCAGGGUUGUCAAGUGUGCGUUUUUUCCCCCACAGAAUUGGACUACUUUAAAACUGUUGCUGUGGGUUAAUUUUUUUACCCACAACCUACCAACCUAAGGGCUUUUAUUUUGGUCUGACGGUGUGACUUCAUAAGGCUGCGCCGCGCUCCUGUGUCUGUGAUUCGGCUGAAGAAAGAGUAAAGCGCAUCAACACAUGAGUAACAGAAAAGGACAAAGUGUCCAGUCACACAGAAAAAAACCCUAGUGGACCGACUAAGAUGGCGUUUAUUAAACUAGAGAGUGAAGACUUGAAGAUUGAAGAAGCAUUCAGAGUCAAACAUGAAGAUACUGAGGAACAAACAGAUCUAAUGGCACUGAAAGAGGAGAAAGCAGUACUUAAUGAAAAUGAAGAGGAAGAUCAAUAUGAGAAUCUUCAUGAUGUCAUAACUGGAGAAAAAUCUUGCUCUCCAACUGAAAAGACUUCCACAGAAAAAAGAGUUCAAGAGACAGAACCUAGAAGUUUUACUUGCUUUCGGUUUGGAAAGAGUUUCAAUCAACAAGGAAACUCUAGAGACCACAUGAGAAUUCACUCUGGAAAGAAGACGUUCACCUGCGAACAAUGUGGAAAAAGUUUCAAUCAAAAAGGAAAUUUUAACAAGCACAUGAGAGUUCACACUGGAGAGAAGCCUUACACAUGCCCUCAGUGUGGACACCAUUUUGCUCAAAAAGUACACCUUACUGCUCACAUGAGACUUCACACUGGAGAGAACCUACACACAUGCCCUCAGUGUGGAAAGAGUUAUGCUCAACAAGGAAAUCUUAAAGUCCACAUGAGAAUUCACACUGGAGAGAGCCCUUUUCCCUGCCAACACUGUGAAAAAAGUUUCACUCGUAAAGAAAGUCUUGAGAGGCACAUAAGAAUUCACACUGGAGAAAAGCCUUUCAUAUGCCCUCAGUGUGGAAAGAGUUUCACUCUAAAAGAAAACUUUACCAGGCACUUGAGAACUCACACUGGAGAGAAGCCUUACACAUGCCAACACUGUGGAGAGAGUUUUUCUCAACCAGGAAACCUUAAUAUUCACACGAGAACUCACACUGGAGAGAAUCCUUACAUAUGUUCUCAGUGUGGAAAAGCUUUCCGUCAACAUGGAAACCUAAUAGUCCACAUGAGAAUACACAAUGGAGAGAGGCCUUUUUCCUGCCAGCUGUGUGGAAAACGCUUCACUCGUAAAAUAGGUUUUAAAAGGCACAUGAGAAUUCACACUGGUGAAAAGCCUUACACAUGCCCUCAGUGUGGAAAAAGUUUCAUUCAACAUGGAAACCUUACAGUCCACAUGAGAAUACACAAUGGAGAGAGUCCCUUCACAUGCCAGCAGUGUGAACAAAGUUUCAAUCAUAAAAUAAGCCUUAAUAGGCACAUGAGAACUCACACUGUAGAAAAGCCUUAGAAAUGCCAGAAGUGCGGAGUUUUGCUCAACAUGGAAACCUUAAAGUCCACAUGAGAAUUGACACUGGAGAAAACUCUUUCACCUGCCAACAUUGUAAAAAUGUUUCAUCUGAAAAGGAAACCUUAAGUAACGCAUGACAAUUCCGUCAAGAGAGAACUAUUUUGAAUGCCAUCAAUGUGGAUUUUUUGCAAUGUGGAUUUGAACCUAAUUGAAUCAACACUGUACUGAUUCUAACUGAAUAACCACACUGGUGUCUUUUGCAGAACGUUUAUUUAUUUAUUUAUUUUUGCUGAAUUUUGCUGUUUUGUUAUUGAAGGAAGAAAAAAAACUUCGCAAAACUCCAGCCUGUUUCCAUCCCCUAAUCCUAACUUAUAAAACGGUGUGCCUAAUGACAUCAUCCCUAAAAAAUGUAUUGUCAAUAAUUAGUUAUAUCGCAAAAAAAAAAAAAAAAAAGCCAUUGAGCCAUUUCCAUACAUAAUUUCAUGUAUUGUGCAAAUUAUAUAGGCUAGUAGCCUAUGUGUUCCUCAUGCCUUUGAAACAAACCUUUUAUAUAGGCUAUUAUUAAAUCGGAGUGUCUAUUUACACUAAGUGCAAAUAGCCCACCUUGUUGGCAGAGGCAACAACAAUAGACGUCUGUCAAACAUCAGCUCUAGUGGCGAAGAUGAAAGUGCGUACCAUAGUUUUGACCUGAGUUCGAAUUCACCUUUUGCCAAACUUUUUUUUUUCUCCCUUUUCAAAUCUUAUAUUGCAUCGGAAAAGGCAUCUAUUUUCAAUAAAAAAGGAAAUAAUCAAAAAGUUAAAAAUAAAGUAUCGGGCAGAGUUAGGGUAGGUGUAGGGAGGGCUUUAUUGUCCCAACAAGGUGGCAUCCAUUUAAUAAUUUGAUUUAAAGGGUAAUUGAUCACUCACCCCCAUGUCGUUCCGAACCCGUAAAAGCUUUGUUCGUCUUCAGAACAUAAUUUAAAAUAUUUUGGAGGAAAACCGGGAGGUUUGUGAGUGUCCCAUUGACUGCCAAGUAAAUAACACUGUCGAGGCCCAGAAAAGUAUGAAAAGCAUCGUCAGAAUACUCUGCCAUCUGCCAUCAGUGGUUCAAUCUGAAUUUAAUGAAGCAACGAGAACACUUUUUCUGCGCAAAGAAAACAAAACAACGACUUUAUUCAACAAUUUGUCUCCUCUGGUUCAGCGUAGCGCCAUUUUGGAGAAAAUCCACUGGACUCAAGCAGCGUACACUCUUCUGUGUCAGCCGCAUACCGGAUAAGCUGUUUUCAUUCAAAUCAAAGUGUAAACAAAUGUAGAAGAUGUAUCCUUGUGGCGCGGCUGAAACAGAAGAGCGUACAACAUGGGGGUAAGUGAUAAAUGACAAAAUUUUCCUUUUGGGAUGGAGUAACUUUUUUGACCUUUUGAAAUGGCGCCCUCUAUCCGAUCAGCCCUUUCGGAGCCAAAGUCUAUCAGGGCCAAACCCAUUCAAAUAAAGUGGUAUUUAUUCAGAAAGGUCCCAGGGGCCCGAAACUUGGCACGGUGGCCCCUGGGGCUCCCCUGAGUGACAUCCCUAAGGCGCCGGGCCCUACAGCGAAGGGAAAAGUUUGCCUUCUGCACAAAAUCUUUCCCUCAGCCCUCUUUGUCUCUUACACAGUCAGAGCCUGCUGAGUGUUUUUUUAACAUGGAGAAGUGCUCCUUGCAGAGAAGUUCCUGUGGCUUCAUGCUUUUGGGAGUCUCGGGGUCCUACUACCUAUUGCCUCCGUACAUUUAAGCCCUUGAAAGAGGUCGUAGGGCCACCAAACUUUUCCAUCUGCUAGAGUUGAUUGGCCCUUUUGGAGCCGUGUCCACCAAACCGCUAGGGCAAACACAUUCAAAUAGAUGGGAAGUGUAAUUUUUUUUUUUAGAAAGGCACUAGAGGCCCCAAAUUUGACAGGGGGUUCGUGGGCCCCCCUGAUGCGCUCUGCCAAGAGUGCCAGUCGAUCUGAGUGGCUUUGAGUCCGACAUCAUAAAACAGCCAGGGAGGGCAUUGGUGAGAGUCCGCAGGUCGAGCAUGCCUGCCCCCUGCCUUAGAACCACAUGGGGAUGCUUUUCCUUCAGGCCCCGGGGUAAGAGCCCCAUCCAUUCACUCAAAAGGAGAAGGGACAAAUAGUAGGGUUUUACCCUUAAAAAUGAUUGAAAAUGUACAUUUAAAGGGCCCAUGGACGGGGGGUGGUGUCAACAGGUGAGUUGUCACCCCCUAGAGGGGUCUCACUUCCGGGGACAGCAUAUCGGAGCAUGCGGAGGGUGAGGAAAGCAGAACUGUCACGGAAUGUUAGCUUGGCUAACAGUUAGCUUGUUACAAUGAGUUUGUAUAUAGUUUUUAGUUGAUGACAAUCUUUUUAGAGGUCUUACUUUAGUAAUCUUCUGCUUCUAUUGUUCACAAAUAAGUGUCUAAUUAUCUAAUUACGAUUUGGGUCAUAAAAAAAAUACAUACUCUGGCAAAAAUGGUGUUGAUAUCAAGAACUGAUAUUUCUGCUGCCAACUGCCAUCGUAACCAUGGCAACUCUCCUUCUCACACACACACAACCUGCAAUUUGCUGCUGUCUUCAAUUUUUUUUAAACAGCUAUUAAGAAUCUGUUAAGAUACCACCGCUUCAAUUAAAAACAGGAAAAUUAAUUGAAAAUUAAAUUUUGAUCAAAGAAAUUAUGAUCCUUACUGUUGCGUCCACAUUGCGUUGCAAUCCCAAUGUCUGAAAAUCUUGCAUCAGGAUGGUAGAAUAAACACGUGCCACAUUGUUCUCUCAUUUUUCUUUGUGUCUAACAUGUGUGAGCUAUUUGAAAAAAGAACAUUAUCAACAUUCAUUACAAAAUGUUUGAGGUAUUCAUUCUUCACAGGUUAUAACAUUUCUACCUUCAAAAAGCAAUCACCUUUUCUUCCAUUGCUUUACUGAAUGGUUGUUUCCAGUCUUGUUUUUCAUUACAUCCUUCAGACUUUUCCAGCCACCUUUUGUGUACUUGGCUCAUCGUCCACUUUAGUUGUGCUUUCACAUGAAAUCCCUAGAAAUAAAGCAUGUCAGCAUCCCAUACCAGUGCAAAAUAAAACUUUUGAGAGUCGAUAACCAUGCUAAUGACAUUAAAUCCUGCAAAAGAAUGCAAACAUUGUGCCAAAACAUGUUUAUCUGAAAUUGCUUGGCCAUGCGUGUCCAGGACAACCUGAGUGCAACCAACAUGCUUGGUAAGUUGAGCAGAAAACCUAUUGUUGAUUGCAACGUUGUAGUGGUGCAACAGGUUUCGCAUGAGGAACAUAUGGUUUGUUGGCUUCAUAACAUUUAGAAAGUAGUUGUUUUUUCUCAUUUGAGAAAACAUCUGUGUUGUUUUCAUGAAAUCUGUCGUAAAGUACAUGGUGUUCAGAUGAGCCAGUUAAUGGAUGCCCAUUCACAUCAGCAGGCUUUUUUUCUCUUUAAGCCAUUCCAAUGAAACUCUAAGUCUUCUCUCUUCCGCUGCUGCAAUAUUGGCUUCAUUUGACUCCAAAAGCCGACCCUCAUGUGGGCUGAAGGGAAUUAUGUCUGGAUUACGGAGAUUGGCACGAGAGGCCAGUCCUCUUUCAAAGUCAUAAAUUGUUAUGUAGGGUAGGUGUUUCCAGGACAGCAAUGGGUCAGUGAAGUCCUUUGACCUUUCCGCUCUCACCAAGUCUUUCAUGCUGUACACGACACCGCAGGGGCACUUAACAACUGCCCAGCCACCUAAGUAAUAACAAAUGGUUUAACAUUAAUGAUUUCAGCACUUUGUUUUUUUAUAUUAAAUGGGAAAUCUACUGCACAUGUUGUGAAUCAUAAAUUAUUACAUAUAUCAGUGCAUACAAAUCUGAUGCACCCCAAACCGUCUGAAAAAUUGUCAUACAAUGACCUGUUUAUCAUCUCACUCAUCAGUAUCAUUAUGAGCUUUGAUCCCUUGGUAUUUAACCCGCAAGGGGAAUGCUUUCGACACAGAUCGUCAUUUCUAAUUUGACAUAACAUUUUUGUUUGUUUUAUUGUUGAACUACAACAGAGUAAACUGAAAUUAAAUGUUUAAAUUAAAAAAAAAUUCUGUAAAUGCGCAAUUCAAGGUGCAGCACCGCAUGCUUUGCGACACUUGACGUCAAUUAAUGUCAACAAAUUAACAAACGCAAUAAUGGAGAAAUCAAGGAGGUGGCACACAGUUUUUAUUCAC